AUGGUUUUCAAAAUAGGUGAUAUGGUUUACCAAAUACACCUAUAUGGUAAUGCACAACACCAUCUUAAUGUCCAACAUGUUACUGAUAGGACAGUCAUAAUUUCUGUAAAAAGAAAGGACCAUAAAGAAGAAACAGUCUUCAAUCCUUCUUUUCUUCUAAUAUGUCAAGCACAGGAAAAUCAGGAAGUCCAGAUGUCUGAAACAGAGACAGACAUAGGGAAAGUUAGAACACAGAGCUUUGAAAAUGAUCAGAGAACUACUUCCGUGUUGUUGAAGGAAGAACAUCAGCUAGCAAAUAAAGAUGACAAAUCUAUGAAAAGUAUUGUUCUCAGCUCAGUAUCGGAAUUUAGCAUCACAGAUGUGCCAUCCAAAGACACCAGGAGUGACAGAAAACUCUCGGACUCUACUACAUCUUCAUUAUCAUCACUCCAGAAAUGUGAAACACAAUUCAGCUACCUCGAAGAUGCUGCAUCAGGCCACGAAAGAGACAAUAGUGAUGAAUGUGCCACACUCAUCCUGGCCUGCUUAUUCUGCCAGUUUUGGGAGUUUCUGUUCAUGUUGCCCGACGUCUGUGAAAACUGGCUGAUCGAUACCUGCUGCCCUUCCCAUAGAUACUACCCAAACAUCAAACGACACUUCAACAACGGUGACUGCAGCUGCAACUGUGACCUUGAUUGCAGCAUCCUUGAGACUUGUCAGGAAAGGGGAGAAUGUCUUGAACUGGCUCUGGAAAUCUCACAAGUCUGUUAUCACUAG